AUGCGCAAGAGGAGAAUCGGAUCCUCCGGCAGUCAGCUGACCAGGUUGCUUGCCCUGCCCACUAGCCGUGCUGAGAGGAUGAAUCUCAGCAUGAGAGGGAGAAGAUGCGUCUGCUUGCGAACCUGCGGCACGCCGAGGACCAGGCAGGUUCGAGCCAAGGACAGGCAACUCAAGAGGCUGCAGAGGAGAAGCAGCCCUGACAAGGACAUGGUUCGAAGGGCCGUCCCGAAACCAGCGCAGACGCAUGCGUCGGAGUUGGACUCGUCCUACCAUGAGCAGCAUGGCAAGCGGACCAUGCACGUCUCGCAUCUAGAAGAUAACGGCAUCGGGGGGAGUGCUCCUGAAGAGGAGGAUGGGGAGAGAGGAAGCCCUCCAGGAGCCCACGAGCAUGUGGAAUGGUUGGAUAUGAUCCAGAAUUUGACAAGCGCAGUGCGGCAGGGACAAAAACGAAAGGUUCACGAUAUCGUGUCCAAGACGUUGAGGAGCAGCAAGAAGGACGUGAAGGAGUUCAUAGACGUGAUGGACAGCAUAUCUCCUUCCAUCCGACAGACAAAUCUCCGAGAGAUCGCGGAGAUGAUACACAUAUUCGGGAGAUCGAUUAUGGUGUUCUCAGCCUCUCUCUCGAAUGCGAUGGAUUGUGAAGGAGUUCAAUUCUUUCAGAAUGAUCAGAAGACGAACGAGAUUCGAGCUCUGAUCCCGAAACCGACGGACAAGCUGUUCGUCGUCAACCAGUUCUUAGCUGAAGACGUCUGUGUUGUGACCAGGUGCAUCGAGAAACAGGUUGACGUACUUGCCUGA